GUUCAUACAUUUUGGAUAUUAGUUAGCAGAAUAACUAGGCUGAAAAAACAAUGGCAAGAAACGUGCGGAGGAAGGACCUAAUUGUUUCUCGUAACGUUGUCGUUUCAUGUCAAAUGCACCGUACUUCCUUUUGUUGCUAGGUUAAAACUUAAAACAAGAAACGAGAGCCGGAAAAGAAAAUCUUUGCAGUAACAAUCCGAAAAAGAAAAUUCUCUAAAACCCUACCGGAAAAUGUGGCGAAACCCUGGUCGGCUGAUCGGAAAGGGAAGAAAAACAUGGCCAGGGAGGCAGCUUUCAACGGCGGCUCCGGAGUCUUCAUAUCCAGGACCAGGCUAUGUCGAAAAAAAGCCGGGGCUGUACCAGAUAUUGUCCGCCCUAAGAGCCACCGGAGGGACGGUGACCAAGGCGUUGAAUGACUACCAGAUGGAAGGACGAGCCAUCAAGAGAAACGAGCUGAUGCGCUGCGUUAAAGAGCUUCGGAAGUUCGGCCACUUCGAUCAUAGCCUCGAGAUAAUGGAAUGGAUGGAGAAAAGAGGGAUCAACUUUGCCCAUGGCGAUUUAGGGGUGCGGCUAGAUCUAAUCUGCAAAACCAAAGGGAUAAAGGAAGCUGAGAAUUACUUCAACGGACUGCCGGAUUGGGGGAAGCAUUUACCCACUUACGGAUCUUUACUCAAUUGCUACUGCAAAGAGCUGGACUCAGAGAAAGCACUCCAACUGUUCGACAAAAUGGACGAGCUGCAGUUGAUCAAAAACUCAUUGCCUUUCAACAAUAUGAUGUCUCUCUACAUGAGAAUCCGCCAGCCCGAGAAGGUCCCCGAUCUCGUGACUCAGAUGAAGCAGAGGAAUAUCUCUCCCUGCACUUUCACCUACAGCAUAUGGAUGCAUAGCCUAGGUCAGCUGAAAGACAUGGAAGGAGUUGACAAGGUGCUGGAAGAAAUGCGAGGAGGAGGAGAAGACAAGACCGACUGGACUACUUACAGCAACUUGGCUACCGUCUACACCAACGCAGGCGACCUCGAGAGGGCCAGAUCGGCUCUCAAAAUGGUAGAGCAGAAGCUUGAUUCCCCCAACCGCCAAGCGUAUCACUUCCUCAUCACGCUCUACGCUGGCACGGGGGAUCUUGACGAAGUCCACCGAGUGUGGGGAUGCAUCAAGUCGAAGUUCAAUCAGGUCACCAACUCGACCUACCUGGUGAUUAUUCAGGCCCUGUCGAGGCUGAAUGAUGUCGAGGGUGUGUCGAGGUUGUUUGCAGAAUGGGAAUCUGCCUGCUCGAGUUACGACAUGAAGAUUGCGAAUGCGGCUAUGAAGUUUUAUCUGGAGCGAGGGAUGUGUGAAGAAGCUGAAAUGGUGUUUGAUGGGGCGACGAAGAGAACUCAAGGGCCUUACUUCAGGGCUCGGGAGAUGAUGAUGAUCUCGUUCCUGAAGAGGCAGCAGCUGGACUCGGCACUGCAGCAGAUGAAGGCAGCGUUGGCAGAGAUCGGGGUGAACCAGAAGCCUUGGCGGCCAAGUCAAGAGACUGUGGGUGCUUUCUUUAGCUUUUUCGAGGAAGAGAAGGAUGUCAGUGGAGCUGAGAAGCUAGUCAAGAUACUGAAACAGAUCGAGCAGUGCGGUUACAAUGUGUAUCGCCAGUUGCUGAAGACAUACGUAGCUGCUGGCGAAUCGGCUCCUGGUAUGCGUGAGAGGUUGGAGGGAGAUGGUAUAGAAGUAGAUGAGGAACUGAAGAAGUUGCUUGAUAUGGUAGAGGCUGCGUGAGUUUGAAGAAAUGCUGAGAAUUGAUUGUAAAUGGAAUUUCCAAUUAAUGCAGACACAAGAGAAUCGUUUACAACCAUGACCAACUUGCAAAGACAGCACAAUGUAAUGAUCAUUAUCCGAAAUCGACUAAUUAAUUACAUCCCAUAUCUCUCAUAUGAAUCCUAAAUACACAAGUUGCUUUCUCCAAAACUGAACUCAUUCCUGCCACUGGAACCCCCAAAAAUAAUAGGUUGAACUUCGACAAGUACCACUGCUGGAGUUUGGAUGAAGUGCCUGGAUCUCGAAGAUUUUGUCAUUCUUCUUCCAAUGGAGAGCAGUAAUUGCCGUGUGAAAAGGGCUUUCAAAUUAGUGAGCAGUCUAGACCUUCUGCUUUGGAGUAACAUUGAUGAUCCCUAUCUUACUUUUAGGUUGGUAGUGAUAGAGGAGAGUAACACUCAGGAACAGAAUGGUUCCACUAUGCAUUUCUAUUUGAGUUUGUUUCCUUAGUUUUAGCAACCUCUGCCUAGGCUUUGCUAUUCU